GCCCGACAAAAAAUACACAGAUCAUCCUGCUCAUGCUUAAAUUUACAUGCUGAAUAGUUAAGCGCCUCUUUAACGACGGCGCGUAGCAACAGUCACUAAGGAAGCGCCGCCUGACCCGGAACCAGUUCUCAAGAGCGACGCUCUGUUCCUGUUCCGAGCAGCAGGAGCGGGUCUCAGCUCCGCUGUGUUUUCCCAAUCCCGGGUUUGAGCCUCGGCGGCAAUCGGCUCUUUCUUUCCGCGUCGUCUCCGGAGACGAGAUGGCGGAUUGCCCGUUGGGUCUGGAGAGCGAGCUCCACGCCUUCAUGGAGGUGUUGCUGCGAUCGAUCGUGUACGAGGUGUCGGAAGUUUUCCGGAACGGGAUGGCCGACGCCGAGGACAAGUUUCAGAGCAAACUCCGGGGCAUCUCGCAGGUCCUGGUGAGACGGGCGGUGGUGAAGAUCACCCAGUUCGUCGAGGACAGUGUCGGGGGCGAAAUCGCGCAGCUGAAGAGGGAAAACGAGAGGCUGAAGGUGAGAUUGCGGUUCUGGGAGAAGGAGCAGGGAGCAGGAGGAGAUCGGGGACAGACAGAUCGUGAUGGACACACGCUUCCCUGUGAAGCCCCUGCAGGGAUAAAGGAAGAAACGGACACAGAACUGGAGCUGUCAGGGUCAGAGGUCAGCGCUCUCCCUGACGCUGGGGACGGGGCUCCUCUUGAACAGCAGCCCAGCGAGGAGGAGGAGGAGGAGGGGGGCUCCCGUCUGAUGCAGGAGACAGAGCUCGCCUCCGCACACGGGAAAGAGAGACUCAGUGAGCAGCAGCACACAGAGAGCAGACAGAGGGUGGAGGAUCUGGACUCUGUCCACGUGGUGAAGACCGAGCCCGAGAGCGAGACACCUGGGCUCUUAGCAUCUGACGACUUUACCGACGCGAUUAACCAUCCAAAUGCUGAGGAUAUUGCCGACAGUGUUGCUGACCUGAAUUGCGUAUCCGUUCCCUGGCCUAGAGAAGAGGAGCCGGAUGAACUGGACGGGUUCCACAUCAUCAAGUUGGAGGAGGAGCCUCGCGCGAUCGACGCCCCCGAGCGGCCCCCCGAGGGACGGGACGAAGAGGGCCCGUGCGGCCGGGGCUUCGGCACGGCCAGCCACCUGAAGAGGCACCAGCGCAUCCACGCCGGCGAGAGGCACCCCUGCCCCCAGUGCGGGAAGAGCUUCAGCCGGCCCGGCGACCUGAGGGCCCACCAGCUCGUCCACACGGGCGAGAAACCGUUCAGCUGCGCCCAGUGCGGGAAGGGCUUCAACCACGCCUGCACCCUCAAGACCCACCAGCGCCUCCACACGGGGGAGCGGCACACCUGCGCCCAGUGCGGCAAGGGUUUCGGCCGCCCCCGCGACCUGAGGACCCACCAGCUCAUCCACACGGGCGAGAAACCGUUCGGCUGCGCCCAGUGCGGGAAGAGCUUCAACCAGCUCAGCACCCUGAGGACCCACCAGCGCAUCCACACGGGGGAGAGACCCUUCGGCUGCGCCCAGUGCGGGAAGAGGUUCAUCAAGUCGGGCAGUCUGAAGACCCACGAGCGCACCCACACGGGGGAGAGGCCCUUUGGGUGCGCCCAGUGCGGGAAGAGAUUCGGCGAGAUGAGCAAGCUGAGGCGACACCAGGGCGUCCACACCCGGGACCGUCCAGCUGCUGGACGAGAUCUAGACACUCAGUGCAGUGAGGAGGAGUGGGACUACCGUCUGAGACAGUACACAGAGCUCACUGCUGCCGAAGGGAAAGAGACGCUCAGUGAGCAGCAGCGCACAGAGAGCAGACAGCGGGUGGGGGAACUGGACUCUGUGCCCGUGAUGAAGACCGAGCCUGAGAGGUCAGAGGUCAGCGCUCUCCCUGACUCUGGGGACAGGGCUCCUCUUGAACAGCAGCCCAGUGAGGAGGAGGAGGAGGAGGAGGGGGGGGGCUCCCGUCUGAUGCAGGAGACAGAGCUCGCCGCCGCACACGGGAAAGAGACGCUCGGUGAGCAGCAGCACGCAGAGAGCAGACAGAGGGUGGGGGAUCUGGACUCUGUGCCCGUGAUGAAGACCGAGCCUGAGUGUGAGACAGCUGGGCUCUUAGUAUCUGAUGGCUUGAAUCAUCUGGACAGUAAGAGUGUUACAGAACGAGGAUCUUUGUCUCUCAACGGGCUCAAAAAAGAGGAGCUGACUGACGUGGAUGUCGGCGUCUCGGCCCAGCACGCCGUGUCCCGGACCCCCCACCCCGCGGGGCAGCAGGCCGACGCCGCUGGUGGGGAGUUCCAGCACCCGGAUGAUGAGGGUCGGGGCGGAGAGGGACCUCCGGCAGACCGGGGGGCCGGGGCGGAACGGAGCGCGAGCCGGAAAGACCCCCCCGGACCCCCCCCGAAGGAGCGGCCCUUCGCCUGCCCCCAGUGCGGGAAGGGCUUCCCCCACUCGAGCACCCUGAAGAGGCACGAGCGCAUCCACGCCGGGGCGAAGCCCUUCCGCUGCGCCCAGUGCGGGAGGGCCUUCCGCCAGUCCUGCCACCUGAAGACCCACCAGUACACCCACGGCGCGGGGCGGCGGCCCCUCGGCUGCCCCCAGUGCGGCAAGGGCUUCAGCCUGCCGGGCCCCCUGAGGACCCACCUGCGCACCCACACGGGCGAGCGGCCCUUCCGCUGCCCGCAGUGCGGCAGGGGCUUCAACGAGGCGGGCAACCUCAAGAGGCACGAGCGCACCCACGCCGCCCGCCGGCCCUUCGUCUGCCCCCAGUGCGGCAGGGGCUUCAUCCAGCGGGGGGACCUGCGCCGGCACGAGCUCUCCCACUCGGGCGAGCGGCCCUUCCGCUGCCCCCAGUGCGGGAAGGGCUACACCCAGCCGGCCGACCUGCGGCGGCACCAGCGGGUCCACGCGGAGGAGCGGCCCCUCGGCUGCGCCCAGUGCGGGCGGCGCUACGGCCACCCGGCCGACCUGCGGCGGCACGAGCUCUCCCACUCGGGGGCUGCCCCCAGUGCAGGAGGGGUUUCAGCCUGCCGGGCUCUCUGAAAGCCCACCAGCUGGUGCACA